ACUUGUCAUUGUCAAUGUCAAGUCCGUGCUGUUAACCUUUUUGUUUUUUGAAAGUUUCACAAUAUUUUUCCAUUAGGAAAUAAUUAUUCUAUUAGGUAUCAUAACAUUUUUAUUGCUGUAAAAACUAAAAGUAAAACGAAAUGGCAGAUAAGGACGACCUCGAAGACAGUCAAUAUCCGGACAAUGAUGAAUAUGUUCCGUACGUGACAGCCGGCAACCUUGCACAAAGAAACGGCGCCAAAGUGAGCCUAUGGGGAAAAGUUACAAAAGUUUCUGCCAGCGAAGGUUUCUAUAUAAAAACUGUUGAUGACCAAGAGAUACUCAUUAGGUUAAAGAAACCUUUAAACGAGCCUUUGGAAGGGUGGUAUGAAAUUCAUGGUUUAUCACAAGGGAAGAGUAUUCUUUGUGACGAAUAUGUUCCAAUGUCCUGUGAUAUGGCAAAGAAUAUUGAUAUAGGAGGUCACAAAAGUCUUGCCAAGCUGCUGGCAGCGUUAGAUGAUCCCUGGAAUUUGGGUGAAGAGUCCAAUGGGAUGCAGGGUGUCACCGCAAUGGAUGAUAAUUUUUAAGUUUUAACUGUUAGGUGUUAAGAGUAUUUAAGUUUGCAUUUGUUAUAAUAAAUUGUAUGCGUUCUUUGA